GUUGUUGCGGGAAAAUCUUUGGCAGUUGUACGAGAGUAUUUCGCUCGAUCAAGACGAUUUUCAGUCUGGUGUUGGCUGAAAAUUGUAGUGACAAUUAGCAAAUGUAUUAAUUGUGCAAUCGAACUUCAAUUGAAUCUCUCGAUCGAGUAGUGAUUAUAGAUUUCUUCGAUAGUGAAAAAUAAGAAAAUUACUGUCUCAGACCAUCAUUAUCUGGGGUUCUUGUGAAUAAGGAAGAAAAUGGCAUCGCGAUUUCGUAAAUUUGGUAUAACAACUGUAGGAUUGUGCGCUGGUACUGCUUUAGCUGCCUGGGCAUUCAACAAUCAAAAUGAUUCACCCUACAAGGUUCAAAUGGCCGCAAAGCCAAUGAAGAGGGCAAAGAGACCGCUUCCGUUGAGGAAUGAGCAAGUCACAAAGUUACAAAGUGGUGAAGAAUUCGAUGUAUUGAUUAUUGGUGGAGGAGCUACGGGAGCCGGAUGUGCUCUUGAUGCUGUUACACGAGGGUUAAAGACAGCUCUUGUCGAAGCAGAUGAUUUUGCCAGUGGAACAUCAUCCCGAUCCACCAAACUUAUUCAUGGUGGCGUGAGAUAUCUGCAAAAGGCUAUUUUGGGGCUGGAUUUUGAGCAAUAUAGAAUGGUUAAAGAGGCUUUGCAUGAGCGGGCAUCAAUGCUACAAUCAGCGCCUCAUUUGACUCACCCGUUGCCUAUUAUGCUUCCAGUUUAUAAAUGGUGGCAAGUGCCAUACUAUUGGGUGGGCAUUAAGGCGUAUGAUUUUGUAGCUGGUGAUCGAAAUGUUAAAUCUUCGUAUUAUUUGUCGAAGAAAGAUGCCCUGGAACUUUUCCCUAUGUUAAAGGGUGAAAAAUUAUGUGGUGCCAUUGUUUACUAUGAUGGCCAACAAGACGAUGCCCGUAUGAAUUUAGCCAUUGCAUUGACAGCAGCUAGACAUGGAGCUGCUGUCUGCAAUCAUGUUCAAGUUACCGGACUUAUUAAGAAAAAAGAUUCAUCCGGAAAGGAAGUCCUCUGCGGUGCCAAUGUUAAGGAUUGUAUUUCGAACAAAGAAUGGACCAUUAAAGCCAAAUGCAUAAUCAAUGCUACUGGGCCCUUCACAGAUCACAUCCGAAAGAUGGAUGAUCCCAAUGUAAAAAGUAUUUGCUGUCCCAGUUCUGGUGUUCAUAUUGUACUGCCUGGAUAUUAUAGUCCUGAACAAAUGGGUUUACUUGAUCCAUCAACAUCUGAUGGGCGUGUAAUCUUUUUCCUGCCAUGGCAAAGGCAAACAAUUGCUGGUACAACGGAUUUGCCAUGCGAUGUUACGCACAAUCCAAAACCAACUGAAGAUGAGAUUCAAUUCAUUCUCACUGAGAUUAAAAAUUAUCUGAAUAAGGACGUUGAGGUUCGUCGUGGUGAUGUACUGAGCGCCUGGAGCGGUAUUCGUCCACUUGUCUCAGACCCAAACAAAGAAGACACACAAUCACUUGCACGUAAUCACAUUGUACACGUUAGUCCGUCCAAUUUAGUCACAAUUGCAGGUGGCAAGUGGACAACGUAUCGUGCUAUGGCGUGUCAUACCAUGGACGCCGCUAUUGCAGCUUGUGGCUUAAAGCCUGAAAGUGUAGAAUGUCAGACAGAUGGAUUACUUAUUGAGGGUGCUCAUGGUUGGACCCCAACAAUGUAUAUUCGUCUGGUGCAGGAUUUCGGAUUGGACUGUGAAGUGGCCCAACAUUUGGCUAAAUCAUAUGGGGAUCGUGCAUUUGCUGUGGCCAAAUUGGCUACACUCACUGGUAAACGAUGGCCGAUUAUUGGGAAAAAAAUUCAUCCUGAAUUUCCUUACAUUGAUGCGGAAAUUCGUUAUGGUGUUCGAGAGUAUGCUUGCACAACAAUUGAUAUGAUUGCUAGGCGUUUGCGCUUGGCCUUCCUUAAUGUACAGGCAGCCCAGGAGGCUCUUCCUGCAAUUGUGGAUAUUAUGGCAGAAGAACUCAAGUGGUCCAAAGACGAAAAAGAAAAACAACUGAAAAUGGCUACAGAUUUCUUGUCUAAUGAGAUGGGAAUGUUGGUCAAUAGGGCAUCAAGGGAUAAGAUUCCAAUUAACUUGACUAAAGAAGAAAUUCAGAUGUACAUCAAACGAUUCCAAAUUAUUGACAAGGAAAAUAAGGGAUACGUGUCAAUUAAUGAUAUAAGAAGAGGACUCAAGCACUUUGGGGAAGCUGAUAUUUCUGGUGAAGAAUUGCAUGAAAUUCUGCGUGAAAUUGAUACAAAUAUGAAUGGUCAAGUGGAACUGGACGAAUACUUACAGAUGAUGUCAGCAAUCAAGUCCGGAAAUGUAGCCUACUCCAGAUUUGCGAGAAUGGCAGAACUUGAGGAGGAACAACAUGAAAAGGAGAAACUCAAAAAGAAGAUCAGUGUUGAGAGGUCAGGAGGUGGUCUCUAAACAGAGAAAAUCUGCCUGAGAUACUACAUCGAAUCAUAAAAAAAAAGUUUUGAUGAUUGUAUUUUUGUGUAAAAUUUAUUUAUUGACAAUUUUUUAUAAAUACUAUUUUCUUUAGUAUUUUAUGACAAAUAUAUGGUAAUGCAGAAUAAUAUUAUAUUUAUUUCGAAACAGAUGAAAAAUAAAAUGUUUUUCUUGGUUAUUAUAAAA